UGGAGGCGCACCGGCUCCACACAGCAGAAACAUCGCACUAUGGCCUCUGCCUGAGCCUCCUCACACGACAGUUGUGUACAUACCUAACCGGCAAUCCGUCACCAUCGACGCCUUGAACAUGGACCUCCGGUCCAGAGGCUUAUUUCGGGGCCACCGGAGUUGUCAAUAGUACUCCUGAAGAACUAUAUUAUUAGAUUUUAAGCACUGUCACUUUUGGACGUCCUGGGAUUUAAACCGAAGUGACAGUAGUAGCACUCACUCCAUCUGCCGGUUAGCUUACUAGCUCGCUAAGCCAAUAGCUAAGAAGGGCAUCACUUUUCUGUUGGAGUAAAGGACAAGAAACUACAACAUUUUCAUUAACAGAAGACUGAUCAGUGGCAGAUACUCCGACGUCCUACCUUACAACACUGUCACAAUUUAUAACUGAAAGGCUGGCAAUACACCGCCACCCUAAUGCAGACCCAUAAAAGAACGUGAAAUGAACAAACCGCCACAGCCUAUAACGGGACCUACUUCUGUCCCAAACCCUUCCCCUUCUCCUGGACUUACACAGGCUGCCUACGGGCCUGGCCAGCCACCUUCUCUUGUUUUUGCCACCCCUCCUCCACAAAUGAACUCCGCACAACAGCCAAGACAGUUUGCUACAGGGCCCCGUACAUUACACCAACAGGGUGGAUACAGAGCAUUGCAGGGUUACUAUCAGAAUCGACCUGCAAUGGCCGCUAGUGCUCCAAGGGUACAGGCGAGUAGUGGCCCUCGACCUGUUGGACCUACACAUGUCUACCAACCCAGCUCCCAGAUGAUGAUGAUCCCCCAACAGCAGCUGCCCCCUUUCGCUGGCUCUCCUCAGGGCUACUUCAUCCCCCCUGGACAGUACCGGCCGCAAUAUAUGCCACCUACCCAGCAGUAUCCUGUGACCAGUGGUACUGGCUUCUACCCAGGAACUAGCCCUGCUGAGUACUCCGGUUAUGCAGGAGCAUACUAUCCAGCUCCAUCGCAGUACUCUGCAUCUGUCCAGCCUCAAGCGGUCAUUAUCAACCCCGCCCAGCAACAGCAACAAGCCCCGCCUCCUCAGCAGCCACCGGCACAGUCACAAGGCCCACCAAAGAGGGAACGCAAACAGAUAAGAAUACGAGACCCCAACCAGGGUGGGCGCGACAUCACAGAAGAGAUCAUGUCGGGUGGAAGAUCCACUACCACACCGACUCCACCACAGGCUUCUGUAGGAGAUGCAAGUCCUCCUCAGACUAAUGGUGAAGUUGGCCCACCUUUCAAUCAUAUGACAAGAAGAGAUGAUGUUACGGACCUCCCUGCUUGUGCUGAAACCCCUUCACCUCCUGCUUCAACAAAGAUAGAACCUGUUGUGGAGGCCAAACAGGAAGUGGACAAGCAAAUAGCUUCGCCUCCUGAGUUAACUGCUCAAUCUGAAGCCCCUACAGCUGCUGCUGAGGCACUGCCCCCACUAAUACAGGACCAGCAGUCGCCACCUUCACUCCCUCCAGCUGCAGCAGGCACUACUACUCUUGAUGAGGUAGUAAAUAAAGUCAGUGCUGAUGUUGGAGACACGGUCGACUCUCCCGUAGAACCUUCAGCAACAUUACCGGUGCAGGAGACACCUAUGAAAACUGAGGAGCCCCGGGCAGCUCCAGCUGAGAAAGUACCAGAAAAGGAAGAAGUGAAAAAAGAGGAUGUUAAGAAACUAGAAAAAGAAGAGCAAGUGACCAGCACUAAGUUGGAGCCUGCAGUUGAAGUUGUAGCAACAGUUAAUCCUGUUAGCAUGGCAAAAGAGAAAACGGCUUCAAAAGAAGUGAGUGAAGUCUCUCAGUCACCCUCCUCUGUACAGGAACCUGCUGCUUCACAGAGUCAGGAUGCUGCCCUGAGCUCUGCCCCUGAACUAGAGCCCCCAUCAGUUGAAACAGUAGAGCCUCCCCUCUCAAACGGUCUUCCUCAGGAGAUCGAAGAGCUGUCUGAAAAUAUGACAGUCACAGACACUACACCCCAUGACAAGCCUGAUACUUCUCAAUCUCAGGAAUCAAUACCUGUGGCUAAAACAGCAACACCAACCCAGGAGGAGGAGGAGGAGGAGGUUGUCGAGAAGGAGGAGAAGAAAGAAGUGGAACAGAAAAAGAAAACAGAAGAUGACCCUCCUACCUCUGUCAGCUGCCCAGAGGAAUCUACUAUGCAACCUGCUAUGUCUGUGCCAAAGAAGAAGAAGAACAUGAAAGAGCUCAACAAGAAGGAAGCCAUUGGGGACCUCCUGGAUGCCUUUACAGAGGAGCAGGGUGCCAAGACUGUUCCUGAACCCUUGCCCACUCAGGCCAACCUUCCAGUUCCAGCUGAACCUCCUAUUGAAGCAGCAGAUGAGACCUGGGAGGAGAAAGAAGACAAGCAGAAUGCAGAACCAGAGAAUCCUAAAGCAACACCUGAGCCAACUGAGCAGAAAUACCAAUACAAAGAAGAAAAUUGGAAGCCAAUAAAUCCAGAAGAGAAGAAGCAGUACGACAGGGAGUUCCUCCUCCGCUUCCAGUUUAUUAGCGCCAGUAUGCACAAACCCGAGGGCCUACCGAUCAUUAGUGAUGUGGUCUUGGACAAGGUGAACAAAACUCCCCUCCGGCCUGCUGACCCGACUCGACUGAUGAGUGUCGGCCCUGAUUUUACUCCCGCAUAUCUGGGAAAUCUUGGAAGCAGAUCAGUGGGAGGACCACGAGGACCGCCCCCUGGGCCUCGACGCUCCCAGCAAGGCCAGCGUAAAGAGCCCAGGAAAAUUAUCAGCAGGGUGUCCCUAAACGAUGAUGUGCAGCUCAACAAGGCUGAGAAGGCUUGGAAGCCCUCUGUGAAGAAGUCCACUCGUCUGCUUAGCGGGGAAGAAGAAGACGAUGACCCAGAGCAGGCCAAGACUCAAGAUGUGUUUAAGCGUCUGCGCAGCAUCUUGAACAAGCUGACCCCGCAGAAGUUUCAGGAGUUGAUGAAGCAGGUGACAGAACUAAAGAUAGAUACAGAAGAGAGGCUGAAGGGAGCCAUUGACCUCAUCUUUGAGAAGGCCAUCUCAGAGCCCAACUUCUCUGUGGCCUAUGCCAACAUGUGUCGCUGCCUUAUGGGGUUGAAAGUCCCUGCCCCAGACAAGCCAGGAAAUUAUGUGAACUUCCGCAAACUGCUGCUCAACCGCUGCCAGAAAGAGUUUGAGAAGGACCAGGAUGAUGAUGUGAUCUUUGAGAAAAAGCAAAAGGAGUUGGAAGCUUCCAAAGAUGACGAGGAGCGCGAGCGCUUGAGGGUGGAACUGGAGGAAGCCCGAGACCAGGCUCGACGGCGCUCACUGGGCAACAUAAAGUUCAUUGGUGAACUCUUCAAGCUAAAGAUGCUGACAGAAGCCAUCAUGCAUGACUGUGUAGUGAAACUACUGAAGAAUCACGACGAAGAGUCUUUAGAGUGUCUCUGCAGACUGCUCUCCACUAUUGGCAAAGACCUGGACUUUGAGAAGGCCAAACCUCGUAUGGAUCAGUAUUUCAACCAGAUGGACAAGAUCAUCAAAGAGAGAAAAACAUCAUCCAGAAUCCGUUUCAUGCUACAAGAUGUCUUAGAUCUCAGAAGGAAUAACUGGGUGCCCCGCCGAGGAGACCAGGGUCCAAAAACUAUUGACCAGAUUCACAAAGAGGCUGAGAUGGAGGAGCACAGGGAACAUAUCAAGGUUCAGCAGCAGCUUUUAUCGAAGAAAGACGGUGGUGGUGGUGGUGGUGGUGGUGGUGGUGGAGGAGGAGGAGGAGGUGGCAGGAUGGGAGGGAGCACAGGGGGCAGAGGUCCUCACACUCCAGGAGGGGGCCGGGUUAGCCAGCCGCAGGAUGAGGGCUGGAACACGGUGCCCAUCUCAAAGAACCGACCCAUUGACACCACCCGCCUCAGCAAGAUCACAAAGCCUGGUGCUCUGGACUUCAACAAUCAGCUGCUUGCUCCAGGUGGAAAAGGCAUGUGGGGUAGCUGGGGAAAAGGCAGCAGUGGAGGAAGUGGAGCUAAAUCAGCAAGUGGCGAGCAGGACACUGGGCGCCCAGCCACCAGCACACUCAACCGCUUCUCGGCCCUUCAGCAGUCUGCUUCCAUGUUGUCUUCAACAGAAUCUGAUCGCAGAGUUCCUCAGAGGUCGAGCUCCAGCCGUGAGCGUGGUAAUGACAGAGACAGGAGUGACCGUGACCGGGAUCGGUUUGACAGAUUUACUCGCAGCGAGGGACGGGAUGGAAACCAAAUCACCAAGAGAAGUUUCAGCAGAGAGUCACAGGAGCGUGGCGGGAGGGGCGGAGAAAACCAAGCUUCAACUGAACCUGUGCGUCGCGUCGCCAGCAUGACCGAUGACAGGGACAGAGGAAGUCGGGACAGAGGAAGUCGGGACAGAGGCAGCAGAGACCGAGGCAGUAGAGACCGAGGCAGUAGAGACAGAGGCAGUCGGGACAGAGGUCUAAGCAAAGACCUUACAGUUAAGCGUGAGAGCACUGCCACCCCUCCUCCUCCUCUUCCUAAACCUUCCUUGUCAGAAGAAGAGGUGGAGAAGAAGUCAAAUGCCAUUAUUGAAGAAUAUCUCCACAUCAAUGAUGUCAAGGAGGCAUUGCAGUGUGUGGCAGAGCUCAACAGUGCCUCGCUGCUCUAUGUAUUUGUUCGGAAUGGUGUGGAGUCGACACUUGAACGCAGCACCAUUGCUAGGGAGCAUAUGGGCCUGUUGCUGCACCAGCUUGUAAAGGCAGGGACAUUGCCCAUACAGCAGUACUACAAAGGGCUUUUAGAGAUCCUGGAGGCAGCGGAGGACAUGGCCAUAGAUAUACCUCACAUCUGGCUCUACCUGGCUGAACUCAUUACCCCCAUGCUCCAUGAGGGAGGCAUCCCUAUGGGACAGCUCUUCAGGGAGAUCUCAAAGCCUCUCGUGCCUCUGGGGAAGGCUGGCGCGCUGCUGGCACAGAUCCUCAAGAUACUCUGCAAAGGGAUGACUGCUAAGAAGGUCGGGGCUUUGUGGAAAGAAGCUGGGCUAAAUUGGAACAACUUCUUGCCGAAGGAUGAAGACGUCAACAAGUUUGUCACAGAUCAGAAAGUGGAGUUCACCACAGGAGAAGAGAUGGAGUCAAAGGAAGUCAGUAAGAAGAUCCUCAGUGGGGAGGAGCUCAGCAAACAGCUGGACAGACUCCUCCAGGACAAGGCCAACAACCAGCGAAUUAGAGACUGGGUUGAGGCUAAUCUGGAUGAGCAGCAGACUGCUUCCAACCAGUUUAUACGAGCACUGAUGACUUCAGUCUGCCAGUCUGCCAUCAUCUGUGACAACCCGUACAGGGUUGACGUGAAGCAGAUCAACCAGAGGGCCAGUCUGCUGCAGAGGUACCUUGGUGAUGAGCAGAAAGAGUUACAGGCCCUUUACGCCCUCCAAGCUCUCAUGGUGCACAUGGAGCAGCCUGCAAACCUGCUGCGGAUGUUCUUCGAUGCCCUUUAUGACGAGGACGUAAUCAAAGAGGAGGCCUUCUACAAAUGGGAGUCCAGCAAAGACCCUGCAGAGCAAACAGGCAAAGGUGUGGCCUUGAAAUCAGUCACCGCUUUUUUCACCUGGCUCCGCGAGGCCGAAGAGGAGUCCGACAAGGACUGAGGGAACGACGAGAAAGCUGGCACCCCCAUUUUUGUGAAGGUGGUAGUUCAGCAAGGAGUUGUGGAGAGUUAUGAACAAUAUUGCCAUAGGGGCAGACUCGAAUCAAUCCUCAAUGAGGAUAAAUCUUUUUUUUUUUUUUUUUUUUCUUUCUUUACUUUGAGGGGUGGACUCAAUCAUUUCUCUCUUCCCUCUCUCUUCUCUCUAUCCUGCUUCCUCAUUAUCUCUCCUCCUGCUUUACACAGCAAGUGUCCUCAUCAAAUAAACUUGAAAAUGGAUUCAGAAGGACUGCUUGUUAAUGAGGUGUGAAGUAUCCCACAUCACUACGAAACUUUUUUAUUUUUUUUUGUCACAGUAACACAAACCAACUGGCUGCUUUUUCAUUGAUCUUGACAAUUAUGAUGCCUAACAUCCUAUUUGACCUGCAGGAGGAAAAAGCAAGACGUGUGGUGUAGUGAGUUCCCAAAUUCAUGGGUAUCAUCAUGCUAUAAUGUGUGUUCAAUCCAAACACAGCUCUAAUGUCUUUGUCCUUUUACUGGAGUGUGCAGCAUGACUGAAGUGUGUUUCUAUAAUAAUGAUACCGUGGGCAAAAUGUUCGUAGAUGAAAUGUACAUGAACCAAUCUUAAUUUGAUGGAUGGAGUUUUUAAAGCAAAGGUUGUCUAUUUUCUCUUCCUGUUUCCUAUCAUAAACUUGCAGAGGACUGAUGUUGACUUUGACUACUGGGGGGGUGGUCUUAAUGCUUCCUCUAAGCCAUCCUCUCCCAUCCCCAGUAGUGAACUACGCUGACUGACUCUUCAUCUUUACCUCUUCUGUACUUAAACCUGAGCAGUUGUAGAGAACACAUAAUGACCCAAUCACAGUUAAAACUUGAAAUCUACAGAGAAAUUGACUUGAUGGAUAUAUAUAAAGUGGAAAAAAAGAAGAUAAAAGAAAAAAAAAAAAAAGCAGAAGUGAUCCGAAAGCCUUUUCUACUUUAAGUGGAAACUCAUUUCAGGACCGUUCUGUAAAUAUAUAAUAACUUUUUUUCAAUUUUAUUUUUCAGAAACAAAUUUCUGAUGUUAAUUGCAGUGUCUCCUUUUCCAGCAGAAGCCACAGUUGUCCAGAUGCAGAGAGGUGCUUUAGAUAAUCCAUUGAUUUAGUUUUAUUUGAAUUUUGUAAAUAUUGUUUUUCUUUUUUGUUUUGUUUUUUUUCUUUUGCUUCCUUUAUUUAAGAAAUUAUUGGCUUCUUUUGCAUCGGAAACUGGAAAGUUGAGGUAACGGAACAUUGCAAAUAAAGGACUUAUUAAGUUGCUGAGCAGA